GCCCUGCGAGGCUCCUGCCGCGACCUCAGCCCCGCUGCGAGGGGAGCCGGGCGGGCCGGGGAGAGAGAGCGGCGCACAGCGGGCUCGGGAGGCGGCUGUGGGGCCGCCGCGCUGGCGGGAGCGCAGCCCUGUCCCGGCCGCCGCGGGAGGCCGGAGGGAGGCGGGGGCCCCGCGAGGAAGGCAAGGCUAAAUGGAUGUAUAUGACUUUUCCCCUGAUCUUAAAGCGGUUCCAUGUCUUGUUUGGACUGUUCCUGUAUUCUACGUACGCCAGUUGAAUCAAUCAGACCGGAAGAGCUAUCUCAGAGCAGCAUCCACGAAUGCCUGGCUGAUUCUGAUGUAGCCUGGAUUCCCCCAUCUACAGGAAGGAAUGAAAUGGUAUUUUGCUCUUCUAAUGUCUCUCAUUAUGAACUCCAGCUGGAAAUAGGAAGGAGGUUCAACAAUUUAACUUCAGUCUACCUUGCACGGCAUACACCUACAGACAUGCAAGUUGCUGUAAGGAUCACAGACCUAGAAAAUUGCUCUGAAGAGCAUUUGAAAGCCUUACAGAAUGAGGUGGUUUUAUCCCACUUUUUCCAGCAUCCCAACAUAAUGACGUUUUGGACAGUGUUUACAGCUGGUAGCUGGCUUUGGGUCAUCUCCCCAUUCAUGGCCUAUGGUUCAGCUGGACACCUGCUGAAGACUUACUUUCCUGAAGGAAUGAGUGAAGCUUUGAUAGGGAACAUUCUGUUUGGUGCAAUCAGAGGAUUAAAUUACAUGCACCAGAAUGGAUAUAUUCACAGGAAUAUUAAAGCUAGCCACAUUCUGAUUUCAAAGGAUGGGCUGGUUUCUCUCUCUGGUCUAAACAACCUCUACAGUUUAGUUAAGAAUGGGCAAAAGUCAAAGGUGGUGUAUGAUUUCCCCCAGUUUAGUACAUCCGUGCUUCCUUGGCUGAGUCCUGAACUACUGAGACAGGAUUUGUCUGGGUAUAACAUGAAGUCUGACAUUUACAGUGUGGGAAUUACAGCCUGUGAAUUAGCCAAUGGACAUGUUCCAUUUCAGGAUAUGCCUCGCACUCAGAUGCUGCUGCAAAAGCUGAAAGGUCCCACAUACUAUCCUUGGGAUAUAAAUACCUUUCCCCGGGGGGAAUCCAGGAUGAAGAAUUCCCGAUCGGGGGUUGACUCUGGAAUUGGUGAGAGCAUGACACGCACAAUGACCAGUGAAAGACUACAAAUUCCCUUUUCCAAAACAUUUUCACCUGCUUUCCACAACUUGGUAGAACUUUGCUUGCAACAGGACCCUGAGAAAAGGCCUUCAGCAAGCAGUUUGCUUUCGCAUACGUUCUUCAAACAGAUAAGAGAACAAACACAGAAUUCACUACUGUCUCUAUUGCCACCUCCUAUUCAAAAUAACAGAUCAGAGUUCUUGACACUGCCCUCAACAGCAGUUGGGACUGGACUUGGACAUAUUACUGCAAAUCAAGAUGAUACAGACUGGGAAUUCUAAAUAAAUACCAAACAAUCAUACCUCUCCUGUGCUUCAGUGAAGGAAAAUGUGAUUUGUAUUUGCUGCUUUAGUUUGUAUGGUUAAAACAGAAAAGGUAUACUUGAACAUGCCCUGAAGUGGCCAAAUAUCAUGAGCUCCCUCCGUGGGCAUCACGAAGUGCGGCGUUCCUCACUCUCUGGCCGUAAGGAAAACUGUUUAUACAGAGAAUGGCUGAAUGCUUUCAAACCUCUCUCUUUCAAAAUAUUUCUCAACAAGAGAGUUCCUGCUGUAAUCUUACUCUGUACUGUAUUUUCAGCUCAUAUUGCUGCAGUCCACUUGCCUUUCUGAAUCCAGGCUUGGGUACUGUCUGUGAGCUUACUUAAACCAUCUAUUUGUUUUUCCAUUGUGACUCAAAUCAUUUUAGCGAGGAGAAAUUCUCCACUUCCAAGCUGAAAUUUGAGACUGCACAAAUUAGUUGAUUAUGUGAAUAAAUGUUUGUCUCCUAAAAGA